AUGUGCGAAGAAGAUCGUAUUCCAGUAUUAAAUCUAUUAACAAAAUCAUUUUUUCAUGAUGAACCUUUAGCUAAAUGUCUUCAAUUGGGAGAACCAAUAGAUUUUGCUAAAAAUGUUAUUAAUGAUGCUUUAAAUGGUCAAUGUUCAUUUGUUGCAUAUGACAUAGAAACAAAUCAAUUGGCAGGUGUUUGUCUAAACAAAGUGAAAUAUAAAGAUGAUACAAAUACAAUACACGAAUCAAAUGAAAAACUUAAUUUUAUUCUUCAUCUUCUUCAUGAUGUUCAUAAAAAUAUUAAUUUAUUUGAUCAUUUUCUAACAGAUUAUCUUCUUUACAUAUUUAUUAUCAAUGUUGAUAGUAAUUAUCGUGGUUAUGGUCUUGCUUCAAGUCUUAUAUCAGCUGGUAUUGAACAUGCAAAAAAAUUGCAUAUUGGUGGAGCUUAUGCUGAAGCAACAAAUAUUUAUUCAUUAAAUUCUUUUAAACAACAAGGUUUUCAAAUUUAUCACCAACUUAAUUAUGUUGAAUAUGAUCAAAUUCGUUUAGCUAAUCUCACUGAUAAAAGUUACGAUCAAUGUCAACUUGUUGCCAGAACACUUUGA